UCUUGGCGUCGUUUUGCAUCUGGUAGACUUAUUCAAACGGGAAAAUCAACAUCGUUCAACCCUAAAAAAUUUUUGAAUUUAAAAAUGAGGAAUCGAAGUUCAAAUCGAAAUGUUGAAGCUUUUGAGAACCUCUAUCCAAUUUUAAUUAUUUUUAUUGGAAAAAAAAUUCACAACAUCAUCAAAAGUGCAAUUGAAAAUAUUCAAUUAUAA